GUUCACCCCAUUUUUCCCCUGAUCACAGAAUGAAUAGAACAGUAAGGAACUAAGGACUGGCAAGUGAAAGAAAACAUGAUAGCUUUAAAAAUGUUAAUAUUUUUGUGGAUAUGUCACUGUGUUCUUCUCCAAGGUCCUGAGCCCAAGGAGAAUAGCAGUCUCUUUCUUCCCUCCUUGGCAGUUUCCACAGGUACAUCUAAACUGAUGAUUCUCACAAAAGAUUUCCAGAAUGAAAAAUCAGAUUUUCCUACUACCCCUUAUCCUACAGAAGAAAAAUCAGCAGCAUUAACAGUGGCAGCAUUAAGUAUCAUCAUCUUCAUUGUUAUUAUGGUGGUGAUUGUAAUAAUCCUUGUCAGCAUGGUCAGCAUAAAAUUCAAUUGCCGUCACUGCAAAAAGGUAACAGAUAAACAAAAACUUCAACAUUCUAUAGUAUCAUACAGCUGUUCGGAUGCUGAUACUACAGUUGGCAAUAAGAAUGCUUUGUUGGUCUCCAUGAAGACUUGUAACCAGCAGCAAAAAUCUUGUGAAGGUAAUUACUCAUGAAGAAUAGGAGGAACUAAACACUAAACAUUUCAUUUUUAUUGUAUGUGUUCAUGCAGAGAGAAUUCGGCAACGCAUUAAGAUGUUACCAUUUGGAAUAUAACUAUCUGAAUUGCAUUAUAAUCAGGUUUCAUACAAUAUUUGAAUGCAAAAAGGUGGUUUGUAUCCUGGGGGGAGGCACAAACAUAAUUUGUAUCUGUAAUUAUUUAAAGUAGACAGGCCUUCCUAUAGGACAGGCUGUCAAACUCCCAGCCUGCAGACGGAUGCGUCACGUGUUGCCCAUGCCCAUGCCCAUGCCCAGUUUAGCAAAGGGGGAAAAAGUCCCGAUAUGUCACGUGAUGCCGCUGUGAUGACAAGAGUUUGACACCCCUGGUAUAGGAUUACAUGUUGGUUCACUGCAGCUGCUAGCAAUCUGGAAAAGAUACAUAUGGUUUUAAGACUUGCUGCAGUCACACUCCUGCACGCUCCAAAGGACCUUUUCAUCUUUCUUUAGGAGCAUUGCACAGGCCUCAUAAUCAGAUAAGUGAUCCAAUAACCUAGUAUCAUAUACUCAAGAGCCUUUCAGGGCCUUAGGCAGACUUGCCUAAUAAUUGCUAUCUGAAUCUAUAGGAGGUGUACACGGGACUCCUGUUGCGUCUUACUCCUGGGCUAUUAUUAUUUGCUGCUAUACUGUCUGUUGAGCACAGAAACUGAGAGCUGGAUGCAGAAAACAGCAGUAUAGUAAGGAUUGUGGAACCAGAAGUUUCUGUCCCUUCCCCAAAUACUCUUCCAGCCCCCUCAAAAGUUCCCACCUAUUUCAAGGGGCUAUGAAAGAGUAGGAGGACAUUUCCUUUUGCUCUAUCAUAAACAAUUUCUUUAGAUUGAACUAUUUCAAUUUAGUUUCCUGAAAACAGGUAGCAUGUUUUAAGAUGUAUUUCCAUUUAUCUCUGAGAUGAAAAUCUUAUUCAGUGCCAUUGUUUUAUUUUACAUUCCAAUCAUUGACACAGGUAUUUUUCUGUUUGAUUUUGAAAGAGUAUCUUCAGAAGAUAGGGAUGGAGUUUGCCUGGUCUUUUGGUAUGAGUGUCUUUUCUUUUUCAUGCCUAUAUCAGAAACUUUGGCCUUGAAAUCUUGAAAGUUCAAAAGCAUCAACUAAUUUGCUUCUUCAAAGUCAAAAUCACAUGAAGUAUCAUUGCUUACACUAUUCUGAUCUUUAUAGAUAUAGUUACAUCAGAAUUUCUGCAUAUUUUUUCCAAGGCCUUUACAGUUGCUCUACCAAAUGCUAGUCUGCCAAGUAUUUGACUGCUUGUUUAUUUAUUGUUGGUGGGUUGGUCCUAAAUGACAGAAGGUUAUUACCACAUUUGAUAUCUUUACUAUUAAUUUUAAGACUGCUUGUUAUACAUAUCAUUAGUUUGUGGUGGAGAAAAUAAAUCUAACAAAGUGGAGAUUGCUGCACCAUUUCUUUCUUCCUGAUUUUUGUUCAUAACUAGGGCCCAACCCAAUUUCCCUCAUUGCCUAAUCCUAUCAGACCCAAAUUGACCCUCAGCCCCAAACAAAGCCCCUACAAUCCCACUAAAGCAAAGAAUAGAAGCCUCCCUCACCAGUUCAUGAUAUAAACUGUUUUUGUUUUUUUCUGUUUUUGUGUGUGUAUAACCUUGUAUUUUCAUUAGGAAAAAUAGAUUAUAGUUUUUUAAAAAUAGUUUAUUUUGAUAAAGAUUUGUAGUUUAUCCUUUAGCAGAACUUCAAAGGCAGUAAAAACAAGAUAAAAUAUAGCACUUCAAUGAAGUUUUUGAACUGCCUUCAUUUUAAAAUCCAUAGAGGUUGAAGAGAUUAUCAAUUUGCUCUAUGAAUUAAUUUCAAAUCUUGAAAUUUUUGGAAGAUAUUUAAUUGGGCAGCAUUCAGUUGACAUUAAUAUAAUUUAUCUUUAAUUAUUACCUUUCCAGAUGAAAAUCACUAUGUCAAAGAUUAAAAAUGAAAUGCAAUGAAAUGAAAUACAAG